AUGGCCGAAAAAUUCUUGUUCACGUCAGAAUCCGUGGGUGAGGGUCACCCCGAUAAGAUUUGCGACCAGGUAUCUGAUGCCAUCUUGGACGCUUGUUUGGCUGUGGAUCCUUUGUCCAAAGUGGCAUGUGAAACCGCUUCCAAAACCGGUAUGAUUAUGGUGUUUGGAGAGAUCACCACCAAGGCACAAUUGGACUACCAGAAGAUUAUUAGAGACACUAUCAAGCACAUUGGUUAUGACUCGAGUGACAAGGGUUUCGACUACAAGACAUGUAAUGUUUUGGUUGCCAUUGAACAACAAUCUCCUGAUAUUGCCCAAGGUUUACAUUAUGAAAAAGCCUUGGAAGAUUUGGGAGCUGGUGACCAAGGUAUUAUGUUUGGUUACGCCACCGACGAGACCGACGAGAAGUUGCCGCUCACCAUUUUGUUGGCUCACAAGUUGAACGCGGAAUUGGCUUCUGCCAGACGUUCCGGUGCGUUGAGCUGGUUGAGACCCGACACCAAGACCCAGGUUACUGUCGAGUACAAAAAGGACGGAGGAGCCGUGGUUCCAUUGAGAGUGGACACCAUUGUGAUCUCGUCGCAGCACGCCGAGGAAAUCUCUACCGAAGACUUGCGUGCUCAAAUUCACGAACAUGUGGUCAAGAAGGUGAUUCCCGCUCAUCUUUUGGACGACAAAACCGUGUACCACAUCCAGCCUUCUGGUAGAUUCGUCAUUGGAGGACCUCAGGGAGACGCUGGAUUGACCGGAAGAAAGAUCAUUGUCGACACUUAUGGUGGAUGGGGUGCUCACGGUGGUGGUGCUUUCUCCGGUAAGGAUUUUUCCAAGGUGGACCGUUCUGCUGCUUACGCUGCUAGAUGGGUUGCCAAAUCCUUGGUGAACGCUGGAUUGGCCAGAAGAGCUUUGGUUCAAUUCUCGUAUGCCAUUGGUGUUGCUGAGCCAUUGUCGGUUCACGUGGAUACCUAUGGUACUUCCAAAUACUCCUCUGACCAAUUGGUGGAGAUUAUUAGAAACAACUUUGACUUGAGACCAGGUGUGAUUGUCAAGGAAUUGGACUUGGCCAGACCCAUCUACUUCAAGACCGCUUCUUAUGGACACUUCACCAACCAGGAAAACCCAUGGGAACAACCCAAGAAAUUGAAGUACUAA